GUACCAGAAGACAAAAGCGAGAUUAUUAUUUUAUAAUUAAAAACGUUGCGCGCGAUUUUUAUUGAGAUAACGCUUUUUCAGAGUAUCAGAAAUAAAAUUUUAGGAAGCCUGUCUUUUUCACUCUUUUUCCAUAAGCAUGAACAGUUCUGAUAAAUCUCAAGAAAUUCUGUUAUGAGAUCGUGGUUUGUUGAUAUUGCGGGAGAUAUGUGCUCUUGACCAGGCUCUCCCGAACGAGAGUGAAGCUCUCGAUCAACACAGCGCACAGAUUCCACUGUGCGCUGAAAUGAAACAGAUGAUCCUAUUCCCUAUUCUUACUACCUGAGAGAAUCAUGUUUAUCUCCCACUGCCGGAAGUUGCCUGGCUUCUCGAGCGAACGUGGAUACGAUACGUAGCUUGUGUGCGUCCCCACCACGCGCUACCGAGCUCAGAUGCCGGCAGAAGCACGAGGAGCGGCAACGAGAGGACGCGGUUUCCUGGCAAGAGUAGAGGAUUGACGUGGUAGAGAAGAUUCUCAACCCUAACGCAAUGGCUUCGUACAACGAGUUCCUUCUAGACCUUUUCGUACAUCAGUACUUGCAGCAAAUAAACCCAACAUUGGCUGAAAUAUUUCGAGCAGACACGAGAACGGCAUACCUAACUCCAUCGUUGCAGAAAGUGUUUUACGCUUUCAAAGAUCUCAAAAAAUCAACUUUUACCACGACUGUGACAAUCAACGGCAGAAGAGUGAAGAAAGCGGCUGUUCAUAUUUAUAAACUAGAGGACGAUGCGCCGUCCAGUAAUGAGAGGGAGGAUGCCGCCACUCCUGUUUUUAGUACAGGGAGUUCAGACUAUACAUGGAGCAGUCCCGAGUUAACGCCAACAAAGAAGAAAUUUUUACUUGAAGCAGGUUUGCUCAAAGAGAAAGUCGUCUCCGCAUUGUCUCUGAGUUCAUUGUCUCUGAAUUCAUCAUACUCUGACCAAGAGCAGGAGAUACCAUCGAAAGCAGAGAAAAGAAGGAAGAGUGGGGACGAAAGUAAGUUACGUACCAAAGUUGACAAGGAUAAAAGCGGCUCCCUGAAAGCUAGUUCUUCCUUCGACGAAGAGAAACGAAAACAGGAAGCACACAACUCCCGGAUGUUAAAGCUCAAAAAAAUAAAGGAAAUAGCGAAGAAAGAAAAGAAGAAGAGAGAAGAGAAAAGAAGAAGAGAACAAUCUAAGAUAUAGAUUACCUAUAUGGUUAUAUAGUGGACACAUAGACACAAGUGUUAAUUCUUGAAACUUGAGGACUUAGUUAAUAGUACUAUGUUAGUACUAUAACAAUUAGUAUAUUUAAUGUCUACUAAUCCGAAUUCGCCCAAAUUCUUCAGACUUUUCAAAAUAGAUAGUUUUCAGUAUUUUAUUUCAAUAUUAUGUGUUACAUGUUGCUAUACUUCUUCUAAUAUGUAUUGUAUUAUAUUCCAGUAUGUAUUAUGUACAAUACAAUUUCAAUAUGUAUUACACAUUAUGUAUGAUACGUUAUAUAUAAUACAUAUUGUAUAAUAGACAUGUAUCAUAUACUAUAUUCAUUGUCAGUACAAGCGUCUGCAAUAAUGUCAGUAUGUUUAUCUUAAUUUACAUCUUAUGUUGAAUACAAUACAUAAGGUAUUCAUAGACAUUAAAUGUGCUAAGCUAAAAUUAAUGGCUACAUCAGUAGUAUAUAUAUAUAUAUCAAUAUAUAUAUAUAUCAAUAUAUAUAUAUAUAAAUUGUUUUACCAAAAUUAACUAAAAUCAUACAUAUAGGGAUGCAAGAAAAUAUUUGUCACAUCAUUAUCUCAUCAAGACUGAAAACUCGUGCACUAAGGUGCUUUGGAAAAUUUAGUCUGAAUAAUUUUGCAGGCAACAAUAUUUUUAAUCCACAUCGGAGACUGUACAUUUACAACCGAAUUCAUAAUAUUAUUAUCGAGUAGCAUGUAUUUGAUGAGUUAAGUUUGAGUUAAGUCAGUUAUAAUCUCUUUGCCCAAUUAAUAUAAUGUUAAUAUGAUUUUGUACACUGUGUCUAUUUAUGACGGUUUGUUAUAGUUGUAAUAAUUUUUUACAAACUUUAGCAGACAUUUUUAUUUUUAUACCUCAAUAAAGAUAAUUUGUAGGGAUUGUUAUAACAUCAAGGAGUUUUUUAAAUAAAAGUUAUAGGUAGUAUUGA